AUGGCUACGGACCUUCUCAGGAAGAAGCUUCAGGAGGAAGCUACUUGCUCCAUCUGCUUGGAGUAUUACACUGAUCCAGUUGUCCUGGACUGCGGGCACAAUUUCUGUCGCAACUGCAUCACUCGCUGCUGGAAUGAGUUUCCCGCCAACACUGCUUGCCCGCAGUGUAGGAAGGCUGUUACGACAAAGAACUGCAGGCCAAACAGGCCAUUGGCCAAUGUAGUUGAGAUCCUCAAGCAGCUGAAUAACCAGGGGAAAGAAGAGAGCAGAGAUAAUAACUGCGGGAAGCACCCAGAGCCAUCCAAAGUUCUUUUUUGUAAGGAAGACCAAGUCUCUGUGUGCUUAGCGUGUGAGGGAACUGAGAAGCACAGAGGUCACCACACGGUUCCUUUGGAAGAAGCUGCCCAGGAGUACAAGGAUCGUUUUCUUAGCUGUAUUGAGAUCCUGAAGAAUGAGAAGAAGGAGAUUCUGGCACAUAAGAUAAGUGCCAUACGGGACAGUGAAGAGUUGAUGAAACAUACAGAAAAAGAGAAGCAAAAAACAAUGGCGGAGUUCAAGCAAUUGCACCACUUCCUGGCGGAUCAAGAAAACUUCCUGCUGGUCCAGAUACAAGCGGUGGCCAGAGAGGUUGUGAAUAAAAGGAACGAGCACUUGAGCAAACUCUCUGCGGAUCUCUUCACUCUUCAGAACAUCAUCCGGCAGCUGGAGGAAAAAAGCCUGCAGCCGGACAAUGAACUCUUGCAGGAUGCUGAAAAGACCUUGGAAAGGACCCGCUUUGAGAGGACAGGGGAGCAGGAUUUGUGGGUGUUGCUAGAGCCAAAGGAUGUUCUGCAAGAGGGGUAUUGGCCGCGGGAAGUCAAUGUGACUUUGGAUGCAGAAUCGGCUCAUCCCCAACUGGUCCUGUCUUGCAAUGGUAAAAGCUUGAGGUGGGCAGAGAAGGCUCAAGACGUGCCUGAGUCACCCAAAAGAUUUGAGAAACGUUUUUGCAUAAUGGGGCGCCAGGAGUUCACAGCAGGCCGGCACUUCUGGGUGGUCCACGUGGGGUGCAAGGAGGAAUGGGCAGUGGGGGUUGCCACUCACUCUGUGAAGAGGAAGGGCUUUUUCCCUUUGAAUACUGAAGAAGGGAUCUUUGCUUUGGGGAAGAUGGCAGAACACUACAGGCCUGUCAGCGUCCCGCAUUCCCCUCCUCUGCGGCUGAGUGGAGCGGUCAAGAGGAUCCGUGUCUCCCUGAACUAUGCUGGGGGCCAAGUGACAUUUUAUGAUGCUGACACUGCAACAAAACUCUUUGCUUUCACUAAAGCCUCCUUCCUCAGAGAGACCCUCCACCCUUUCUUCUGGCUGAAGGGAGAGGCCCAUCUCAGCAUCUCCAUCUAA